AUGACGUCCCCACCUUUGGGACCCUUCUGGCAUGAUGAAGAUGUGUUCUCUGGUCGUCCGGUGGCCGCCUCUGGCUCAGCCGGCGUCUCAGACGGCAAUGGUGACUUGCGAGAAAGCCCGACAGGUGCCCUUGGUUCCCGGCAGAUCACAAGCGAGAUGGCACGGAAUUGUCCCCAGGCCAGGAUUAUCCAUGCACUGAUUGAUCUGCAUGAGCAGUUGCUGGAGGACCCAGACCCCUUCCAGAACAGCAGUCUGGCUGUCUCGAUGCCUGCGACCUCCUGUCCAUUUCAGCAGGAAAUGAGGGAAGCCGGAGAAGGAAGUUGGCAAGGACAUGGACAGCUGGUGGAGGACGUCCUGGAGAUGGCCCUGAUGGCUCUUGGGAAGCUCCAGCAAGCAUUUGUCCAGCAGAACCAGGUGUCCGGGUCUGCUGUCACCUUGACCACCUCCUCUGCUGCUGUGAUGCUGAGCAGCCACAACGCGUCCACGUUGCCUCUGAGCUCCUUCGCUCUGGGCGGCCCGGCACCGGUGAGGCUGGGCUUUCCCUCGGCCGCGGCUCUGGAGGAGCUCCUGGAGAGGCACCCAGGCGUGGACGUCCAGGUCACAGGUCUGGCGUUCAAUCCCUUCGAGGAUUUAGAUGACAAGAACAUCGUUGGGAGCGUGGGAACAGUGUUGCUAAGCUCUGAUCAUAAAUUACUCCAUGUCCAUGGCUUGAUGGAAGACAUUGAGAUCAUGCUCUGGAGAAACAGCAGCCUGGAAACCCACCCCACCAGCCUCAACCUCAGCAGCAGCCGCUUCGUGAUCGCGCUGAACGUCACCUCCACGGACAAGACCCUGCUCGUGAGCCUGCAGCCCGAGGCGCCCCUCUCCGUGUCGCUCCACCUGGGCUUCCAGCAGCCGCCCGAGCCCACCAACUCCCCCCACAACAUCACCCUGCCCAGGGACCAGGUGUGGCAGGAAGAUGAGGAGUACACUUGGGUGCUGACCCCCGAGAGCCUGCAGUACGGGACAGGCACCUACUACAUAACCGCCGUGUUGGAGGGGGACACACAGGGCACCCUGGUCUCCGUGGUGACAGCCGUCACCCAGUGUUACUUCUGGAACAGCCACGAGAGGGCGUGGAAGAGCAGCGGGUGCCAGGUCGGGCCGCGGAGCACCGUUCGCAGGACGCAGUGCCUCUGUAACCACCUGACCUUCUUCGGCAGUGACUUCUUCAUCCUGCCCAGGACGGUGAACGUCCAAGACACCGUCCAGCUGUUCCUGCGCGUGAGCAGCAACCCUGUCGGGGUGUCGCUGCUGGCCGGUGUGCUGGCCUUCUACGCGACCCUGGCUCUGUGGGCUUGGAGAGAGGACCGAGCGGACGCACGGAAGGUGAAGGUCACCGUGUUGGCCGACAGUGACCCUGGCGGGCGCUUCCACUACUUGAUCCAAGUCUACACGGGCUAUCGCAGAAGGGCUGCUACGACGGCAAAGGUGGUCCUCACCCUGUAUGGCUCCGAGGGACGGAGUGAGCCCCACCACCUGGCGGAUCCCCACAAGCCUGCGUUUGAACGAGGGGCCCUGGACGUCUUCCUGCUUGCCACCCGGAGGCCUCUAGGGGAGCUGCACAGCCUGCGGCUCUGGCACGACAAUUCCGGCGCCAGCCCUGCUUGGUACGUGACCCGGGUCGUGGUCAGUGACCUGACACUUCAGAGGAAGUGGCACUUCCUGUGCCACUGCUGGCUGGCCGUGGACUUGGGGGACUGUGAGCUGGACCGGAUCUUCCUUCCAGCGUCCCGCGGCGAGCUGCUGUCCUUCAGACACCUGUUUCCCUCCGUGAUGGUGGAGAAGUUUACCCAGGAUUACCUGUGGCUCUCGGUGGCCACCCGGCACCCCUGGAGCCCGUUCACGCGGGUGCAGCGGCUGAGCUGCUGCGUGACGCUGCUGCUUUGCAACAUGCUCAUCAACGUCAUGUUCUGGAAGGCCAACGCCGCCGUGGCUGGCGAGGGUUUCCUUCCAGUGGGCCCGCUGGCUGUGACCUGGUCCGAGCUGCGCAUCAGCCUCCAGACGGCCGUCAUCCUUUUCCCCAUCAACCUGGUGGUGGGGCGGCUCUUCCCGCUGACACAGCCUCAGGAGACCCUGCCUCCCGUCCCCCAAGCCUGGGCCCCCUGCCUCUCAGAUGCACCUGCUGAGCCCCCCUCUCUCACAGAGGUCAUUGAGGAGCUGAGGGAGACAGUGGGGUUCCUGCUCAGGAGAUCGGGGAACAUGCUCCCGGAGUGUGCACACCCCCCAGCGGGUACCCGGGACGUGAGCGAGCUGGUGAAGUUACUGUCAAGCCUCGUGUGCUUGCACCUCAAGGAGCAAGGCAGCUGCCGGCCAGCCGGGCCUCGCAGGGCCAGUGCUCCCGAGAACCAACGCCUUCUCAGCUGCUACCUGCUCGGAGUGGUGGAGAGGCUGGAGUCCUGUCUGGGCGCGCCGAGCCCGUCCCAGGCGCCCCAUCCCCGCGACGUCCAGGAGGCGACCGGCCAACUGCGCAGACUCCGGGACCUCCUGCGCACCCGGGCAGUGCCGGCGGAGCAGGAUGUGCCCAGGGAGGUGACCUGCUUCCCCCUGCUGAGCCCGGAAGCUGAGCGGAACCCCAGUGCUGCUGGCCGGCGCCAAUGGCUGUCCUGCGCCUCCUGGGCCCUCCUGGGCAUCGCUGGCCUGGCUGCUGCCUUUUUCACCGCCCUCUACAGCUUGGACUUGAACAAGGACCAAGCCAGCAGCUGGGUCGUUUCGAUGAUGCUGUCGGUGCUGCAGAACAUCUUCAUCAGCCAGCCGGUGAAGGUGGUCAUUCUCGCCUUCGGGCUGUCACUGCUGAUGAAGAGGGUGCCGUGGCUCAACAGAGAGAGCGGACAGCAGACAAGAAGGAUCCUGGCCCUCGCCGUACAAACCCUCUUCCUCGUCCUGCUGAUGACAAGAACCUACUCUGCGCAGAACUCCAGCCGAUUUUACCUCCACCAGGCCAUCCGGAAGAGCUUAGCCCCUGCCUUUGCCAAGAUCCGACUGCUGGAGGAGUUCUACCCUUGGGCCAGGCACACUCUCCUUCCGCACCUGUAUGGUGAUGGCAGAGGCUGCGUCACCGACGGGAACUGCUUCCUCCUGGGCAGCAUCCUGCUCCGUCAGAUCCGCACCCCCGGCGCUCCUCCCUGUGACCCUGGGGCAGCCUCCCAGCAGCAACCAGCGGGUACAGAGGGCUGCAGUGUCAGCUGGGGGCCUCCCGAGGCCAACAACACGGCGCCCGGGAGCCCAUGGCACCCUCAGGAUAAGGAGAGCCAGCAGGACCAUCCCAUCCAGGGGGAGUUUGCCACUUACUCGGGAGGCAGCUACGCCGUGAGGCUGGGGAGAAACUCCACGGCUGCAGCCAGUGACAGCCGGAGCCCCGCAGAGUACCCUGCACGCGUCGUGAGGGCAGUUAGCACCGCGGAGGAAGCAGCUGACGCGGCGGUCCUGCAGCACCUCCAGCAGUGGCACUGGCUGGACCGGCGCACCAGGGUCCUCUGCAUGGAGUUUGUGGUCUUCAAUGCCAACGUGAACCUGUUCUGCGCGGUGACCCUGAUCCUGGAGUCCAGUGACGUGGGUGCUUUAUUCAGCUCUGUAAGAGUGGACAGUCUGCCUGCCCUGCAGGCCUCCCAGAUGGGCCUUGGCUGGGACGUCGUCUCCCAGGUCCUGUAUCACCUGCUGGUCUGUUACUACGCCUUUGUCCAGGCAGAACCUUAA